CAGGAAAUAUGGCGCACAGAAGAACAGAGCAGAUACCGAUAGUAUUUAUUUUAUCAAUCUAUUCAUUUUCCUCAUUAUUUUUAACCCUUCUGGUGUCUUUUUCUAUAUUUGAAACAGUUAUCAGUGAAAAUGCGUUCAGUGCCAGUCACACAGCCAGUAUAUCCAUCGCUGCUGCUCGAGAUUUACGGUACCUUCUAUAUGACGUGAACCCCCCUGAGGGUUUCAAUCUGCGGAGGGAUGUCUAUAUCCGCAUGGCCUCCUUGGUGAAGACCUUGAGGAAGGAUGGGGAUGACUGGGUGUUGGUGCUCCCCCCAUGGGGUCGCCUGUACCACUGGCAGAGCCCGAACAUCCACCAGAUCCGCAUCCCAUGGGGAGAGUUCUUCAGCCUCACUAGCCUGCAGGCCAACGUCCCUGUCAUUGAGUACGAGGAGUUUAUUGCAGAGAAUGGAGGCCCAUUCAUAGACCAAGUUCUGGUUCUGCAAAACUACGCCGAGGGAUGGACUGAUGGGAAAUGGGAGGAAAAAGUAGAUGAGCGGCCAUGCAUUGAGAAGAUGAUGUACUCCAGAGAUAAACAAGGAUUCUACAGGGGCUGGUUUUGGGGCUUCGAGGAGACAAGAGCUCGAAAUGUAACAUGUAUAUCAGCCCAAGGCCAUGCUUCUAUCAUGGCGCCUGUACUUCAGAAAAACAUCACAGUGACUUCCGUUAUGCUGGAUCGGGCAGAGACUCUUCUUCAUGAUCACUACGCUGGGAAGGAUUACUGGGAUACCCGCCGCAGUAUGGUUUUUGCCAAGCACCUGCGCCUCAUAGGAGAUGACUUCAGAGCAAAGUACCUGAACUCUUCGGAUGACAGAGACAACACGGUUUACAGUGAGGACUGGACUCGCAUGAAAGCCAAGCUGGGCUCAGCUAAAGGUGGUCCGUAUCUUGGAGUCCACUUGCGCAGGAAGGACUUCAUCUGGGGGCACAGAGAGGAUGUACCCAGCCUGAAGGGGGCCGUCAAGAAAAUGCGCAGCAUGAUGAAGAAGCACAAACUAGACAAUGUGUUUGUUGCUACAGACGCAGAUGGGGACGAAUUGAAGGAGUUGAAAAAGUUGUUGCCAGAAAUGGUACGGUUUGAGCCUUCCCCCGAGGAUCUGGAGCUCCUGAAAGACGGAGGAGUGGCCAUCAUUGACCAGUGGAUAUGUGCACAUGCAAGAUAUUUUAUAGGCACAUCAGUAUCUACCUUCUCUUUCCGGAUCCAUGAAGAGAGGGAGAUCCUGGGUUUUGAUCCCAAAAUGACAUACAAUCGUUUCUGUGGCGACACUGAGAAAGAAUGUGAACAGCCAACACACUGGAAAAUAAUCUAUUGAUGUGACCUCUCUGAUUUACCUGACACACGCAAGUGCCAAUAGCAGUGUUAAAAAGGGACAUUUAUUAUGAAUUCUACGAGAUAUCUUGACUAUUUUACUGUGUAGUUUUUACAUUUUAUUAAGAGUUGUGCAAUCCGGUCCGUUUGGGACCACUGCGACUGAACCUUACGAACAAAAAGCCAAGACUGUGCUGCCAAACAUGUGUUCCUUUAGUGUUUAAAUUCAAUCUUCAACUGUUUUGUAGGUUGUGUGUUGAAAAAGUUCAUCCCUCAUGUCUGCCUGUUAAAUGUGUCUUAUGACUGAAACAGAUCGUGUUGUACGAGUAUUCCAAGUUCAACAUUUUGUGAGAUUCAAAGCUGUUCAGCCUCUAAACUUUCUAUCAUUAAAUAUUCUUCUUCUUAAAAAAAACACACAUGUAUGAAGUUGCCCUCAGAGAUCAGAUCACAAGCACACUAUGAAGAUGCAUUUUUUAAUUUAAAGAGGACUUUGCUUUAAUGGGGAAUCUGUUUACAAUCUGUGUUUUUAACUAAAAAACCAUUGUGUUGCCCUUUGUUUUCACAAAAAAAUGUCUUAUUGUAGUUUCUCUUUUGCAUAACUUGUAUUUAAAGUGAAACCUGCAUUGCUUUUGCUUUGAUAUAUUUCCUUUUUACUGCCUUUGUUUGCACAUCGUUUCAUUUCUUAGUGUGUUAUUGCAUCCAAUUCUAGAUCAAUUGGUUAGCACGUGUGUCCUUAUUUUUUUUGCACAUAAACCUAUAAAAAACAACUCACAAAACACACUGCUCUAUAGCGCUCCUAGUGGUCAAAAACUCCACAUGAUACCUUUAAAAUGGCAUAUAAUACAUCUCAGUUGAGGAUUUGUUCAAAGAAUAGCUAUCUCUGUUUUGUCCAUUGUUUUUCAGUUUUAUGUGGAAUAUAUGCUCGUGUGAGUUUUGUAUGCAGUGCCAGUAUUAUCUUUGUUACAUGGGAAAUGACAUGAUGUUUAAAAAAAUCAUUUGUCCUCUCAUUUGUUUUAUAAACCUUAUGCUGUAUAUAACAUGGAGACCAUUAUAGUGUUAUCACCAGGGAUACAAAGUUUUGAAAUGCCUCCGAGGAGCCACUGUGUCCAGCCAGACAUGAAGCUGUUAUCUUAAAAAAAAAAUGUUGAUCCUGAGGAUGUCCACCUUUUGAUCUUGUAUGGGUUUUAUCUAAAGACUCAUUUUGUACAGCUGAUGUGUACUUUUGUUGUUGAAUAAAAGUUUUAAGCAGA